CCAACGCCUACGCUGCUUGCUUCAAUUCCCACCCUACCAAAAACAGCAGAGGAGUCCGGCCGCCGCCGCCGCCGCCGCCGGGGCUGCCUUCCCCUGCUCCCCGCUGCCCACUCCCAUCCCCUCAGAAACAAUUAAUUCAGAUGGGAUCAUCUGCCAAGAGUCAGGAAAUCGGGUCAAAAAGAAAGUGGAAGAACCAACACGAACAUACAGCAAAGCACAUUGCAUGGCAAUCCUCUGGGUACCAAGGCCACCAUCCGCAACAGAGGCCUACACGGAAUGGCGGUUCACCCACCCUCUGGCUAGAGAGGGAAGAUUUCCAUGUUUCAGGAGAUCGAUUAUUUCUGACAUCCAACCCAUACCAACAAGAUGUAGAAAGUAUGUACCUUCAGGACAAGAAGAACGGGGUAAUCACUUGUUUGGUCUGUGGCAAGGAAGGACAUUACAGUUCCAAGUGCUAUUUCAAGGACAAAGAGCACAAACUCAUUUGCACAGUCUGUAGCAAAAAUGGCCACUGUAGCAUGUGGUGUUGCCAGCAGAACAAGUCGGAGUAUCGCGCUUGCACCCGCUGUGGAGAGAUAGGGCAUAGUACCAGUACACAUGGUCUCGGCUGCUCAAGCUGUGACGAGUAUCAUGACGAUGGAGAGUGCCGACUGAGCGAAGUUAAAUGCUUUAUUUGUGAAUCCCAGGAUCAUUAUCUUGCUCAGUGCCCCUUGAACUUCCAAGGUGCUCUGCAGCUUGCGCUAUCAAAACAGGGCAACACAUCAUCUGCACCUGCCAAGUGUUCCGCAAAAUCAGAAGGAAAAGUACUGACAGCCAACAAGUCUAGUCCAAUAUGCUUUACAUGCCGUGAAGAAGGUCACUUUGCCUUUCAGUGUCCUCAGAACAGCCCCGACCGGUCCGAAGAAUUUGAAGAGAGCAGCACUAUAGCUACAUCCUCCAACCUGUUCAAAGAAUUAGAAGAACGGGAACCUGGUGCUGGUACUGCUAAACAAUCAUCAGAAAUGAAGCUGAUAUUGAACGAUCGAUCUUGCCCCUCAAAAGCAAAAGUACUGACCCCCAGCAACUCUAGUCCAAUAGUUAUAACAUGUAAAAUGGAAACACAAGGGAAGAAAAGGAUGUGCUUUACAUGCCAUGAAGAAGGUCACUAUGCCCAUAUGUGUCCGCAGAAGUUCGGAGCUAUAUCUGGCAACACGUCAAAAGAAGUAGAAGAGAGCAGCACUAUAGCUACAUCCUCCAACAUGUCCAAAGUAUUGGAAGAACAGGACCCUUGUACUGCUAAACAGUCAUCAGAAAUGAAGCCGGCAUCGGUUGUUCGAUGUGUUGGCUGUGGUAAGGAAGGGCACAGGCGCAAGAGAUGUCCAACACGAGUAUUGACAUGGUACAAAUGCAAUGAAGAAGUCCACGGAGCCAAGAAUAGCCCUACUACUAAACAAUCAUCAGAAAUGAAGCCGACAUCGGUUGUUCGAUGUGUUAGCUGUGGUCAGGAAGGGCACAGGGCCAGGAGCUGUCCAACACGAGUGUUUAUAUGCUCUACAUGCAAUGAAGAAGGCCACAAAGCCAAGAAAUGUCCUCAGAAGCGCCAGAAGCGUUAAGACUGCCGCACCAAAAGCUAUCGCGUAAGCAAACAGUAAUACACACUAUACAUGUCAUUACACUUUCAAUCACGCCGAGAAGCAGCUGGGAAAGAGAUGUUGACACUAAGAUACAACCAAGGAAGCUCGGUAAGUUGCUGAGCUGAGCCAGACCUCCACCUUUGACCAAGAAGUUGCUGCAUAGUUACUAUCUUUUUCUUGUGAUACUCUAGCCGUUGGAAGUUUUUCAAGUAUGGAUCUAUUUGUAUAAUGUGUUUUCGAAUGUCUUUUUCUAUGAAGUUGGUGGUGCCAAUUGAGGAUCUGAUGAAAAGACAUUCCAAAGGCUGCGUUCACAACUGCCUGAAUUGUGCAAGUUACUGGCAUGUUAAUUCCUUGGUCUAAUAAAUGCUUAUCCAUACUAAAUGAACUGAAGACGUGUACGGAAUACAUCUUGGUAAGUUACGGAAAUAUUCUGCAAUAUCUGAAGAAUGUAUGGAACAUCUGAGUUAGUUCUGGAAAGUUCCGUAAACACCAUGAGUUGUUACUGGAGAAGUUUUGGAACCAUCUAAAUGCUGAGUUCAUCAGGUGUGAAGUCUGAAUGAUGGUAAGUUGGCUUCUUAGGACAAGAUAUGUCUGCAGAUGGAGUUGCAUUGAUACUUGGGAAUGCCAAGAUUUACCUGGGUUUUUUUGAGAGACGCGUCGGUGAUUUUGAAAUAGUCGUGACCCUGGGGUUCUUCUGGUAGAGGGCCUAGUUACGUUCUUUUGGCAGGAGCACACAUAACAAACUUAGGCAGAUGAAGCCUUAAUACCAGUGUUGGCAGACUGAAUGUUUACCAGUGAGUUCUUCAUUAACUAAUAACCUUCAUUUACUGCAA